UAACACAUACUACGUUUAUUCCUAAAAAGCAAGACCAAAGGCUUUGUUUUAUGUAAUUGGAAAAACGUACACUCAAUUUAUUAUUAAUAAUUAUGGGCAAAACCUAUAUCUCUUCUCUUAGAAAGCCCUUUAAAUCCUUUAUUUCUUCAUUGUGAAUUUGCAAAACGGCUCUAAAUGGCUCUGUGGACGGAAAUAUUGACAAAUGCUGCCAUUUUUGUGAUAAUCCAAGCUCUAGCGUUUCUCAUAAUCUCCACUUCUUCCGACAUAUUCUCCUCCAAGAUCAAGAUGAAGACAAAGAAGAGAUCUUUCGGCUUCAAACUCUCUCGUUCCAUUUCCCAUUUAUUCGCUUUAAUCUCAGAUGAUGUCUUUCAAGCCGAAGAAGAAGAAGAAGUAGCAGAAGAAGGAUAACCUUACUCUCUCCAUUCAUUAAAAUCUCUAUAGAUUUAUAUUUCCAUAAACAUUGGUUUGUAUUUUCAGAUAUUUGACAAAUCUUCAUAAUUUACUUUUUUCAAUUCAAAGAAGGGUCUGCU